UUGCCGUUUUUAAAUUCUAAGAUCCCUUCCCCUACAGCAGGUUGCAUUUCCAGUGAUAAAAAGGUACACUUUAUUGACGAGAUUCGAAUCUCAGCACUUAACGAAAAUUUAUCUGUCGAUUCCUCUCGGUUACUUGAUGAGAGCAAGUCAUCAGCACGUCCUCCGCUGAGACUAUAUCUCGAUGACGUUGAAAUCCCCAAGGUGCUGGGAGAUAUCUUUGAAUCCUUAGCUGGAGCUGUUUUCUUAGACUCAGGUCUCUCGCUGGAUACUGUGUGGCGCGUCUUCUAUCCUCUCAUAAAAGAGCGAAUUGAACGAUAUACAGCUUGCAUUCCAAAAUCUCCUGUCCGUCAACUUCUCGAGCUUGAACCAGAGAUCGCAAAAUUUGAGUAA